UUUAGUCGUUAAUGAAUAUCUCAAAAUCAAAAAACUCUGUUCCAUUAGACAAACCUAUCAAAAGCCCAUAACCAGACAUACUCUCUAUGCCUAUACAACAUUUUAGAAUCGAUAUGCUUCUAAAUCCUAAAAAUAAAUUGGAAACUCAACAAUCUACCAAAACUUUGGAUAUCAUCAAAUAAAUGCAUUAAAAUAGCACUGGAAAUCUAAGACUUGAUACAUCUAUAAACAAAUCCAAAGAGUAACUUUUAAAAAAAACACCCACUAAAACUACUGCUAGUUUUCAUUAUGAUAAAACUCCUGAUAAUUCCCAAAAUAAUUAGUCAUAUAGUCCUCAUACACAUGCUUGCUUGAAACCAUAACUCAAAUAAUCAGAAGAUUAGUUAAAUCUUAAAAACGUUUCUUCAUAAUAAUCUAACAUCCUAAAAGAAUAAUGUGAAAGAAUUGAAUAACUAAACAUAUUAUUGAGAGAAUCUAAAUAAUAAAUAUCAUAAAAAGACUAAGAAAAUUAAAAAUUAUAAGAAGCUAACAUUCGUUUAAAUUAAGAUAAUUAAAAAUUAUAUUCCUAAACUGAAGAAAUGUUAAAGGAUCUAGAAUUUAUGAAAACUAAUUUUGAAUUAUAAAAUAAAGAUUUUAAUAAUUUAAAAUAGUAAAACCAAUAAUUGUUAGAAGACAUGAAAUAAAUAAGAAGUGAAAGAAAUAAAGUUAAUAAUAAUAACAACGAGUAACUUUUAAAUUAAAAAAAUAAAGAAAUUUCUUAAUUAUAAAAUGAAUUAAAUGAGCAUAAACAACUUUUAUAGGCUAAGGAUUCGUCUAUUCAACAUUUAAAAUAAUAAUUUGAAAAUUUAGAAUCAUAAUAAUAUGAGAUUAUGAAUAAGUUAGAAUAAAAAUAAGAAGAAUUGACAACCUUAAAAUAAUAACAAUAAUUAAAUAUUCUAAAUCAAAAGAAAAGCAAUUAAUUUGAAUCAUUAUCAAGAAGAUCUUCAGUUUAAAAUGAAGUUCUAUUUUAUUAAGCUUAAUUAGAAUAAUUACAAAAAGAAAAAGACAUAUGUGAAUAAAAAUUAGUAGAAAUGUAAACAAUUAUAAAUUAAUUUAUAUUAAAAGAAAAGAAAUCUAAUUAAUCUUCUAAUAAUUCAGUUGUAUAACAAAAAGAAUUUAACAAAAUGAAACAGAUAAUUUAAAUCUAAAAAAGAUAAAUUGAAUCAUAAUAAAAAACUAUUAUGAACUAACACUAUGAAAUCUAAAAUUUGUAGACUUUAUUGUAUUGUUCUACCGAAUAAGACGUUUAAUAUAAUAAAAAGACAUUUGAUUCUAGUGAUCCAGAAAAAUUUUCACUUUAACCCGCAGAAAUGUAAACAGUAUUUUAAUAUUAAUAGAUAUCAUAUUUAAGACAAAGAAAAUGAAAGAAAAGGUUUUAGUGAACACAUUACCUUUUAAUAGUAAUAAGGCUCUAAAUAUAUUAUGGAAGAUACUUUUAGAAAUUUAGAUAAUGAAUUAAACUCAAAUAAUCCUUUAACAGAUUGA